UGAUUGCGGAGAAAGGAGCGGCGCAGCCCGAAGGAUCCCUUCGCGUGGGGCAGCGCGGACUAGUGGAUCGCAGCCGAACAAAAGGCAGCCCGUGUCUGGGAUUCGUGGCAGAAGGGAGUGGAGCUUAACAGAGAGUUCCAGCGGGUAUAAAUAAAUAUCUUUCUGGGCUGCCUCCCAAGAAGGGGUGGAGUGAAAGCUGGUGAAGAAGGAGGAAAGAAAAGAGAGAGAGCCGGAGAGGUGGACAAAUGAAAGGGAAAAAAAAGAAAUUUUCCGGGGAUUUCUGAGAACUCAAAGCAAACUUCCCGGACGUUGCUGGACAAAACUGGAACAGGAUCCAACUCUGAACGCUGAGAGGAUAUUGAAAGAGUUUCUUUUUUUUUCUUUUCUCUUUUUGUGGGUUGCUUUGGCACUGCCCCUUGGUGGAGGCAGCGGAUUGGGGCGACUACAAAAGCAGGAAGAGAGUCGGGACUGUGAGUCACUUGAGGUGUGGGAAAAAGGCAGUUGCCUCGCUCUUUUUAGCAAAGAUGCCUAUCCUCAAGCAGUCUCCAGUUUCUCAUUCCAAGAAGAGGCCCCGUCUGGAUCGAGCCAUGAUUAGCGCCCCUUUGGGGGAUUUUCGACAUACAAUGCACAUUGGGCGUGGGGGCGAUGCUUUUGGAGACACAUCAUUCCUCAGCAACCAUGGGGCUGCCAAGACCAAUGGGUUGCCUCAUGAUAUAGCAGUGUCUCCUGGGUCUCUUGGUUCUCCUGGAGAUGUUUCUGGUUGCUUUGAACUGCUCUCUCCUCCUGGAAGCGGGAAUGGAGUAGUCCAGAGUCCAACCACAUCAACCCCUGAUGGCAGCUUUGUGGUACUGCAGAGCCCAGAGAAGGCUGACUGGAAGUCCCCCAGUGGAAAAGGUUGGGACCUGCAACAGAAGUUUUCCCUGGAGAGUCCCACACUGGACCACGCUGAAUCCCUUCUCUCUUUUCAGCUGGACUUAGGCCCUUCCAUCUUGGAGGAUGUGCUGGGAGUGAUGGAUAAAGACUGGGACAAUAUUCAAGGGCAAGAUCAGGAGGUAUUGAGGGAUGAGAGCUCAAGCCCAUUGGGAUGCUCCCAGCAGGAAGAUGAAAAAGAAGAAGAGGAGGAGGAGGAAGAGGAAGAGGAGGAGGAAGAGGAGGGACAGGGCUACAGUUUCGAAGAUGAACAAGAUGAAGAGAUUGGGUUAUAGGAGGAGGAACAUCUUGGUUUUGCUCUUUCUUUUCCCCAUCCUAAAAUUUCUGCCAGCCCACUCUUGCAGAGUCUUUCAGCCUCUACUGCAGUAGUCAGCAACUGGCAGCUUUUUGGCCAAAUAUGGCCAGCAAAUGACUAUUAGCUAAUCUACCAUCUUAUCCCUGCUUCUUCCCAUAGAGAAGCCUUUUUUACCUUCAGAUUUCUUAUUGUUGUGUUCAAACAGGAAAACGCCAAUCAGAGUCCUAUGGCACAUUCCAUGAUGCUACUUCUGAAAAAUAAGUUCCGGAAGGUGCUUAAUAAUCCUUGUUCUUUCCCCAUCUUCUUGUAUUCCUUCCAAGUCCUGGGACAGUGCAGCUUCUUUGUACUGGAAAAAUACGUCUUGGCUUCAGCCCGUCUCUCUAUCUGGAAUCAAAAUGACAUACCACUGAGCCUGUUACGAAACAUCAUCUGCUCUUAUGUUUAUCAUUUUUUACUUAACCGUCUUGAAUUCCAGCUCUCUAACCCCCACUGUUGGUUUCCCUCUAUGAAUUUGGAAUAUGUUUUGAGGAAAGGUCACCUAAGAGAACAGACUGAGAGAACAUGAGGACACAGUCUUAACAGAGGGGCACAUGGUUGAAAAUACAGACUAAGAGAGAAUGAUACCAUUUUGGAAACUCUGUCUAAUGAUCUCCAACUAUGUGGCCAGUCUCUUGUACCAAGAUGUUUGCUGUUGGGACAUUCAAAGCUAUGAAGUCUUUUUCUGUCCAUCAGUCUCUUUUCAAUGGAUGAACACAACCUAGCUCAAUAGCUUCCAUUUCAGAAUUCAUUCAGUUUUUUUUCUCUUAAACCUGUGGAUCUGUAUAUCCAAGCAGUAUUGUGUGUAUCCAAGCAAUUGUGAGAUGUCUUCUUAAGAGAUGAUUUUGUGUUAAGAAAAGAACACGAUUAGAGGGAAAACAGAAGAACUUUGACAUGUUUUCUUGAAAUCAAUGAAAAGGAUGAAGAUCCUUUCAUGGCAUGAAGAAUGAAGAAAAGAUAUUUGAUUCAUAACUAGAAGAGAUCGUUGAGUGGACUGCAAUUAGCCACACACCUAGCUGCCUCUGAGAAGGGACAGAAUUUUCUGCCAGUGGCCCACCUCAAUGUUUCUUGCACCCUGUAUAAAAGGAGCAUCUGUUUUUGUCAGUCCAGUCAUGUACAAAAAAGGACAAAGUUUUCAACGGAUAUGGUAGCUGGAACAAUUCUGUGUUAUUUUUCACUCUCUUUUGGCUAGUUACUUUUUAAACAGAUUUAUUUAUGAAGGACAAAACUUGGAGUGCUCAUGUGGAAAAAAUAUGCAUCAUUUUUUUUUUCUUUAUUAAAGCUGUGAUGGGUUUGGGUGGUAAGAAAGGGUUGCAUCCAUAGAUAGCAUCUCUAUCCAAUUUGAACUGGAUAACCUUUUAAAUCAGGUGCUUUUAAAUUAAUACGAUUCAGUGGGCUGGAAGCGGCAAUAACUGGAGAGGGAUUUAUACUGGCCAAUGUAUUUUUAAACAACACUUUUAUAAUCCCAGAUCCAUGUAAUUAAUAGCUUCUCUUUUUGCCCAUUAGAUAUUUCUUUUAUAUUCUUUUAAAAGUGAUAUUCUGUUACAGCUAUCUUGGCUUCCCUAAACUGGCCUGCGGGAACAUUGUCAACUCAUUUUGGGAAGUUAAUGGUAAACAGUUGGGAAACAAAUCUGUCUGUUCUCUAUACAUACGCAGAGAUGGUAAUACAGCUGUAGAUUUAUUUGUGCUAAAUAUAAGAAUACUUAUAUAGAAAUAAUGCCUUCCCCUUACUGUACCUCUUGGUUCUGCCCCAUAAACUUUAUUCAUCCUCCAGUACCUAGUCUAGAUCUAGAUCAGCUCCUUAGGGCAGUGCCUCUCAAUCUUGGCAGCUUUAAGAGGUAUGGACUUCAACCCCUAGAAUUCCCCAUCCAACUUCUUAAAAUAGCCAAGGUUGGGAAAUGAUGUCUUAGGGAUUGCUUGCAGGCGGAUCUAGUCUAUGUUUUUUAUUCCACUGUAUUUCUGCUUUUGUGUUCUUCCUCCUGAUUCAUUUAUUGUAAUGGAAAAGGUAUAUAGAACUGUAAUGUAUAUGGUCUUACCUGAAGUAUUAUCUGCUACAAAAAAAGAAAAGUUAUUUUUACUGCCAGAGUGAGUAUUACCACCUCCUUCCUUUUUGCCUAAAUGGGACAAGAUUUAAAUAUGUCAGAAUUAAAGUAGAUAAGGGUGCUCAGUACAUUAUUACAACUGUCAUUGCUACAAGAUAAGGUAGUGAUCUCAACCUUAGCAUUUUUAAUAUGAGUGGACUUCAGCUCUCAGAAUUCCGCAGCCAACAUGGGAAUUGAAAUCCACUUCUGGGAGUUGACUUCCACCGAUUUCAAAGCUGCCAGGGUUGAGAAACAAUAAGAUAACCUAUGGCUCCCAGAAGCUCUAGAUGUAGCCAAUGAACUUCUCCAGAAAUUGCUACUGAAUUGUAGUUUUUAAUAUGAGGAAGGAGGAAGAAAUAAUUAAUUUCACAGAAAACAAUCAUGCAGACUCUACUUUGUUUAAAAUUCAAUGUCUUUGUCUGGCUUUGAGAGCACAUGCCAAUUAAACAGCCAGAUGCAUCCUUCUGAUCAUAAAGAGCUAAAUAUUUUUGCAGUAGAUCUCAGUUACUUAUCCUUUAGUAGUUAUGGAGAAUCUCAGUCAUCUAAGUCAUUGUUGUCCCAAAGGUGCUAUUUCAAGAGGCAACUGAACUUUUUUUGUUCUUCCUUGAAGAUGUUUUGCUUCUCAUCUUGGAUGUCUUCAAGGAAAAACAAAGUCCAGUCGCCUCUUGAAAAAGCACCUUUGGGAUUAAACUCUAGUAUAGCACCAGACAUCUCUGCUUUUUUGCAAACGAGACAGGCGAGUGGGGAUGGGGGAGUGGGAAAGGCUAUUAAGUUGUGAUCAUAUUUUUGCAUCACACAUCCUUUCUUAGAAAGCUGUCUUGGCUUUGUGGUGGGAAACAUGCUUUCUAGUUUUGUUUUGUGGGCUCCUAUGUGCCAGCAAGCAAUUUCAAGACUGGAAGUGAAUAUAUUGCCACUUUACCUGUGUUUCUUAGCUGAAGAAUGUAGAUUUGGGUAGAGAGUGUCAGAGAAGCUCAAGGAAAUGGGGGUUCUCCAUCAUUUGGGGUUCUCCGUGUGAGGUAUAAGAAGAGUUUUAAUGUAUGAGGUUUUCCAGGAAGUUUUCCAGGAAGUAAUGUACAGACAGUUUUAACAGAAGCUAGAGUCCCAUAAAUUAAUGUUGGUCAAUACUCAGAUUUAUUAUGGGUGGAGAUAUCUUCCAACUGCAGCCAACUACAAACAGGAGCUUAGCUGAAGAGUAUUUCAUCAGAUAAUCACAAUAUAUUACCAGUUAUUGUUCCAAAUAGUUAGUGCAUCAACUCUAAUUUAUGGCAGCAGACUACUCUGGAAUUCUGGUUUUCAACAAUGGACUCCCUGAAAGUAACAAAACGAUAGAAGUGUGAUGCUGUUUGGUGAAGAAGACAAAAUAAAAAUAUUGGGAUGACAAAGAGGUGAAAGGAUGGGGGGGGGGAGUAAAGAUAUGGGUGUGUCUAUUUCAAAGUUGCAAUUCCACUGUUUUAUUCUUCUUUAUUAUGUGGUGACUUUACCCACCUAAUAUAAGCUACAGAUCCUAAAGCAGUAUGUCUGCAUUGUGAAUAUAAUCCAAAAGAGGAGGGGGUUUCUAAUUUACAUAAAAAGAAAUAAAAAUGUGUCUCAUGCAUCAGGCAGGUUGAGGUUAAAAGUGGGUUCUUGAGCGGUGAAGAUUACAGCGUUCAAAACUUUCCAACCUGUGAGCAUGGUAGAUGUUGUAGUCCAAGCUAUAUAAAGGGCUCUGCCCCAAUGUAUAUUGUAAUCCCAAAUUGCCCCUCUUCUUAUCUCCAUGUUGUGUCCCACUCCUCCGCUGACGGCCGGGUCAGGGAAAUCCGAAUCAGGCUUGCCUCUGCAGCUCUGCCCAAAGUCCUAGCAAAGUCCUCAGAGCAGGCAGGAGACCAGAAAGUGACUUCAGCAAGAUAAGUUCGACUUUGCCUGACUCAGAGAAUGCCAGAAAGCAGAUCCUUUAUAUAGGCCAUGGGGUGUGGCUCCAUGACUCAGCACUCAUUAAGGCCUGCCCCUCCCUUCCUUCUGUUGCCUCCGCCUAUCCAGUCUUCUGAUGCGAGGGUCACUCCAAUCAGCAGCUGUUGGAAAUAAACUUUCCUCAGGCUCACAUGCUGUGGAGGAGGGGGAGGGGUCUAGCUGCUCCGUUUGCCUGGGCAUGGAGCCAGGGCUGGGGCCGGGGGAUGCUCCCUCCUCUGCAGCCUGCUUGGGCAUGGAGCCAGGGCUGGGGCCGGGAGAUGCCCCCUCCUCAGCCUGUCUGGGCAUGGAGCCAGGGCUGGGGCCGGGAGGACAUUCUUCAGCGUUCGGAAGCAGAUAAGCAGACCCCGGCUGCGGUGAGAGCGGGCAAGACACAACACUCCAUGUUAAAAUAGGGGAAACUGGACACUUCCCCCCACCCCCACCCCGUGGUGGUGAGCAUGUUUUUUCUCUGUGGUAUGAUUUUAAAGCUGCUCCAUUAAGGAGGUUUGGUUAUGGACUGCAAAUGAGAUUGGGGCUGGUCUCUGAUCUCCAGUUUUCCUUUGGGAGAAUAAAGCCACCUGUUUGCUAUUCUCUAUUAUUCGUAUGCAUUUCCAAACCUCUCGUCCUCCUGUCCAAGAUUUAAUCCUGAAACCUAUUUCUUAGAUCCCCACAGAUUUUUAGAUCUUUUAAUUUUUAAAAAAUUUUUUAAAUAACCCUUGCAACUGAUGUAGCAAGAUGGCUCUGUGUACAUUACAUUUAUUAUUUUGUAAUAGCUCAUUUUAUGGGAUUGCUAUGUAAGAGAAUGUCCAUACAGCUCCCCCUCUUGAUGUGUUUAACUAUCAACCUACUAUCAGACUAUUUGUACAGUGACCAAAAAGUGUUUGAUAUUUCUUGUAAUUAAAAGCAAAUUAGUUUCGGA